AUGAGGAUAACAUGUUGGAACUGUCGUGGGGUUGGAAACCCUGCGACAGUUCGUGAUUUGAAGAAGUGUAGAAUAGAGGCAUGCUUGGCUGUGAACGUGGAAGGCAGAAGUGGGGGGCUAGUUAUGAUGUGGAAAGAUAGCAAACAGGUCAAAAUUCAAACCUACUCCAGCAACCAUAUUGACUCGUUGAUCCAUGUUGAGAAUGACAGCCCCAUUCGCUUCACGGGUUUUUAUGGUAAUGCCGACCCUAAUCAAAGACAGAGCUCUUGGAAUAUGCUUAGAAGGGUUAGUCAUAUGGUGAAUGAAAAGUGGAUCAUUGGGGGCGACUUCAAUGCUUUACUUGAUGAGGCGGAAAAAGAAUGGGGUAGGAGAAAGGCAACUGUUUUUAUGGAGGACUUUCGCUCUAUUGUUGAUGAGCUGUCGAUGGUGGAUUUGAAGACCGACAAUGGGUGGUUCACCUGGGGUGAUGCUAUCAGUUUAGACACGGAAGGUAGGAGGCCGAGAGAUGGUCUUAGGGAUCCUAGACUAUCUUUUAAGUAUGACGUCUGCUGGGCUAGAAAUGAGGAAGCUAAAAUGAUUAUCAAGGAAGCUUGGCAGCGUGGUUCUCAGGAUACUUUGGAGAAGAUUUCGAUUGUGGGCAAAGAGCUUGGAAGUGUGCUUAACCUGGACUAUAUAGAGAGAUGCAUUUCAGGGGAGGUUAAUGACAAAUUGUUGAAGGAUUUUACAGAGAACGAGAUCAAAGAGGCCUUUAAUCAAAUGGAUCCUAGGAAAGCUCCGGGAAUUGACGGAUUGUCGGGAAAUUUCUUCAGAGAAAACUGGGACGUUGUUGGAGAGGACGUUAUUAAUCUGUGCCUUGAUAUUCUUAGGGGAGAUAAAAAUAUGGAUUGUUUAAAUGAUGCUAUAAUUGUUUUAAUCCCUAAAAUUAAAGAGUCUGUGGACAUGACUAAUUUUAGGCCCAUUAGUCUUUGUAGGGUGAUAUACAAAAUUGUUGCGAAAGUGCUUGCCAACCGGUUGAAGGAAACGCUUCCGUUAUGCAUUAGCCAAAAUCAAAGUGCUUUUCUUCCAGGGAGGAUGAUUCAUGAUAAUAUUUUGAUUGCCCAUGAGCUAGUCCAUUAUCUUCAAAGUGCGAAGAAUGGUCCAAACAAAGGAUUCGUUAUGAAGCUCGAUAUGAGCAAGGCAUACGAUCGAGUGGAGUGGGCUUUCAUUGAGGAGGUGAUGAAAAAGAUGGGCUAUGCUGAUGCUUGGGUGACGAAUAUCAUGAAGUGCGUCCGAUCGAAUAAAAAAAGAGAUGUCGAGGAGGUUGUUAAUAUUUUGGAUUAUUUUAAUAAGGCGUCGGGCCAAGAGGUUAAUAGGGAAAAAUCUAUGAUUAUGUUCAGUCCAAAAACUCCGAUGGAUAAUAGGCACCUUUUUAGCUCUAUGCUUGGCAUACAUACUGUUGAUAAGUUAGAUGGUUAUCUUGGUUUGCCUCUUCCUGUUAGUAGGAAAAAAUCGCUUGCAUUUACUGACAUUAUCAAACGGUGUACAUGCAGAGUCAGGAGUUGGUCAAAACACUUGUUUUCAUACGGAGGGAAAGAGGUUUUCAUCAAGUCAAUUAUGCAAGCUAUUCCGACAUAUGUUUUCUCGGUCUUCUUGGCUCCAAAAGGCAUUAUCGAGGAAAUCCACACAAAAAUGAGUCGUAUGUGGUGGAAUAACAAUGACAAAGCUCGCGCCUGGGCCAUGAUGGCUUGGGAAAAAUGUGCUAUCCCAAGGGAAUGGGAGGAAUGGGCUUUAGGGACCUACAGCUGUUCAACUUGGCUUUGCUGGGCAGACAGUUACAAACAAGGUGAUAAACCCUCAUUCACAUGGACGAGCAUUGCUAAGGCGGUUGAUGCUCUCAAGGAUGGUUUCCUUUGGCAAGUAGGCGAUGGCAACACGAUCGAUAUUAGGAAGGAUCAUUGGGGAGUUGAUGGCAUUCAAGGAGAGUCGGUUUGUCGGUCUCCUUUUAAUCAUGACGAGAGAGUGGUCAAGGAUCUAUUUUUCUGGAGCUCUUUAUGGAAGCUUCAGAUGCUCCCAAAGAUCAAUAUCUUUAGCUGGAGGAUUGGCUACAACAUUCUCCCCACUUUUGACAAUAUUGCUCGCAUCCGUCAAGGUUUCCAAAACAUUUGUCCGAGAUGCAAAGACAGAGAAGAAAUGCUGAUUCAUGCCAUGAAAGACUGUCAAAAGGCUUGUGAGAUUUUGGCUGCUGGUGGGUUAAACAAUAGGCGCUCAUCGGGAAUACACCAACCGCAUCGAUUGGUUGGAGGAUGUUUUCAUGAGUUGGAUAAGAAAGUGCUGCUGAUUUCUUAA